CCGCUUCCAGCCGGAGCUUCCCCUGGAACUGCCCCGGGCUGCAGCAGCCUGAGGGGUCCAGCUACAUCCCAGCCGCCUCCUCCCCCUUCCAACCCUCCAUCCUCAGGGGCCGGCCUUUAAGCAGCCUCUUCUCACGACGGUAUCUAAGUCUGUUAUUGCCUUUACGAAACAGAGAAUGACUCCCGGACUUGUCGGUGUUCCAACGGCUCCUGGGAUAAUAAGGCUGACAGUGGUUCCUAACAACGGGUAGUGCCACCCCUCUGAUCGGUGUCAGCAGCUGAGCAGAUAUAAAAGAGAGGAUGCUUGCUGUCUGUGGGGAGCUGCUGGUGUGCCCUCUCCUGGUUGCUGAGGCAGACAAGCUGUUUGGCAUUCACUGAUUAUCUCUGUUACCUUACGAUUCCAGCUUGGGCAGGCAAUCUUUGCAAUUCCAGUUAAAAAAUACUUCUGCUGGCAGUGACUGGUCAUGAAUUUGUCUCGCCUAAACAACAGAGCUGAGAGUCACUUUAGAGCAUCAGAGGAGCAUGAACUGGAGACAGUGGGGAAGAAAGCUUGGGACAAUCCUGUCUACAAUGGCUCUCCUUCUACCUCCUUGAAGAUUCAAACCAUCUACAACCCCAAGUCUACCCUGGAAAAUCCCUAUGAGAACUUUGAAGAGGUUGGGAAUCCACUGCCCUACCGGGAAGAACAGAGCAAAGCUGUGGAUGGGAAGACAAGUCCUUUCCUCAAGUGCUUCUUCUACAUCUUCAGAGGCAUAAGAGGUCUGUGGGGCACUACACUGACUGAGAACACAGCUGAAAACAGAGAGCUUUAUGUGAAGACCACACUGCGAGAGCUGCUAGUCUAUGUUGUGUUCUUGGUGGACAUCUGUCUAUUGACGUAUGGAAUGACAAGUUCCAAUGCCUAUUACUACACCAAAGUGAUGUCUGAGCUCUUUCUGCAGACCUCUUCAGAUGGUCGUGUCUCCUUCCAGUCCAUCAGCAGCAUGGCUGACUUCUGGGUGUAUGCACAAGGUCCCCUUCUGGAUAAUCUUUACUGGACAAAGUGGUACAACAAUGAGUCCUUGACAGCGCACAGCACCCAGUCGUACAUCUAUUACGAGAAUCUGCUGCUGGGUGUCCCACGCAUGAGACAAUUGAAGGUGAAGAACAAUUCCUGUGUGGUCCAUGAUGACUUCAAGGAGGAAAUCUCAGGCUGCUAUGAUGUAUACUCAGAAGACAAGGAGGAAAGGGUCUCCUUUGGGCUCAUCAAUGGAACAGCAUGGAGUUACCAUUCUGAGGAGGAGCUGGGUGGUUCAUCUCACUGGGGAAGACUAACCAGUUACAGUGGGGGAGGAUACUACAUAGACCUCAAGUUGACCAGAGAAGAGAGUGCUGAAGCCCUGCAAGUCUUGAAGGAGAAAUUGUGGCUGGAUCGGGGAACACGAGUUGUCUUCAUUGAUUUCUCUGUGUAUAAUGCAAAUAUCAAUCUGUUCUGUGUUCUGAGGUUAGUUGUUGAGUUUCCAGCCACUGGUGGUGCCAUUCCUUCCUGGCAAAUCCGGACAGUCAAACUUAUACGAUAUGUCAGUGCAUGGGACUUCUUCAUUGUUGCCUGUGAAAUUGUAUUCUGUGUCUUCAUCUUCUACUACGUGGUGGAGGAGACUUUGGAGCUGCGUAUCCACAAGCUUCAGUACUUCACCAGCAUCUGGAACAUCCUGGAUGUUGUUGUCAUUCUGCUCUCCAUUGUCGCCAUUGGAUUUCACAUCUUUCGCACCAUUGAGGUGAACAGGCUGCUGGGAGAGUUGCUGAAACACCCCAACACCUACGCAGAUUUUGAGUUCUUGGCAUUCUGGCAGACGCAGUACAACAAUAUGAAUGCAGUCAACUUAUUCUUUGCCUGGAUCAAGAUAUUCAAGUACAUUAGCUUUAACAAAACAAUGACCCAGCUCUCCUCCACCCUGGCACGUUGCGCCAAGGACAUCCUGGGCUUUGCCAUUAUGUUCUUCAUUGUCUUCUUUGCCUAUGCCCAGCUGGGUUACCUUCUUUUUGGGACACAAGUGGAAAACUUCAGUACCUUUGUUAAAUGCAUCUUCACCCAGUUUCGGAUCAUUCUUGGUGAUUUUGACUACAAUUCCAUUGACAAUGCCAACAGGGUCCUUGGACCUAUUUACUUUGUCACCUAUGUGUUCUUUGUUUUCUUUGUGCUCCUGAACAUGUUUCUGGCCAUCAUCAAUGACACCUACUCAGAAGUCAAGGAAGAGCUUUCAAGCCAGAAGGAUGAGCUGCAGCUCUCUGACAUCUUGAAGCAGAGCUACAACCGGACACUCAUGAGGCUGAAGCUGAAGAAGGAGCGAAUUUCUGAUGUGCAGAAAGCACUGCAGAAUGGAACAAAAGAACUAGACUUUGAAGACUUCAAGAAUAGCUUGAAGGAACUGGGCCAUGCAGAUCAUGAAAUCACAGCAGCUUUCUCCACAUUUGACAAAGAUGGCAACCACAUCCUUGAUGAAGAGGAGCAACAGCAGAUGAAGCAUGACCUCGAGGCAAAAAGGGUUGCUCUGAAUACAGAGAUUGAAAAUUUGGGGAAAUCCUAUGGUGACAACAACCUGGAUGAGAAUCCGAUCUACAGGGAAGCAAGGAAUAACCACGCCAAUAAAGCCAGCUGGGUCUCCAAAGAAGAGUUCCAAGUGCUGCUGCAACGUGUACUGCAGCUGGAACUGUCCAUAAACAGCGUUGGCUCCAAGACUGAUGCAGUGGUGAGCAAGCUCGAUGUGCCAGAAAGAAACAAGCUGAAGAGGAAGGACCUGGUGGGCAAACCACUGGAUGAUGUUAGUAAGGGGGAAGAAGCCAGUCAGGAAGAGCUGUACCCCCAAAGCCUAGACCAACUGGGGAAGGAAGAAGCAGAAAGCGGGGGGAUGGAACAUGUCCAGAGAAACAACCUUAGUAGCAACUCUUCCCAAAAUGGUGUCUACCACAUCUUGCCCCAGUCAAAUGUGCUGGGCUCACAGGUGUCCAAGAACAUCAUCCAAUCAUAGCUGGAUGUGCACUUCCAGCAACCAGCCAAGUGCUCCCACUCUGCCUCCCACGGUACUAAGUCACUGUCAGUUGUUCUCCCACUGUUAGGAUAAUCCAGACCGCUGGACAAAGACACCACUGUUGUCAGAAACUGUCGAUAUGAAAAAUCAGGGCUGCUCUUUUUCAGUGUAAUGAUGUAUAAUGUCAAAGAGUAGAACUUCUGCCCUCUCUCCCCUCAGUAUCUCUGGAGUAGGUAGAAUUUGGAACCAGGUGAUGUAUCAGGUUUCUGCCUCUCUACAAGCUGACACAAAGUCUCUUAUCUAUCCUUUCCCAAAAAGUAGGAA